AUGUUUAACCGCAUCAGACAGCACUUCACCAAGUUUUGGCGAACGCACGUUCAACUCACACCCCAAACGGAUCUCUUCUUCAUUCUCAACUUUUUCCUCGCCACCGCCGGAGUUUAUAUCCCGCUUAAAAAUGGCUUCAUCAAACUGUGCUGGAAAGUGUACCGCGUGUUCAUGAUCUUGCACUUUGCCAUGAUCCUGCGUCGACUUCUCCUCACUCUAACCACGGAACGAACCUUCGACCCGCUGGUCAACGGCAUCCACGUGGCGCUGGGAGUAACGAUCUUGCUUUCGAGAUCCAUGCUGAUCCAGGCCAACUUUAAACACUGCAAGACGGUUAGAAAGUACCUCAACGAGAGGAGCUUCCGCGCGGAUGAUCCGGAAGCCGUUAGAAUUCGCCAGCAAUCGUACGAAAUGUCGGUUAAAGUGACCAUCAUCUUCAUAGCGAACAUCCUGUUUCAAUCGAUCAGCAUCACCAGCAGCGGAAUGACCGACAUGGACCCGUUCCAGAUCCCCUUUGGGAUGGAGGAUUUCAGCGAUUUCGAGCGGAGUCUGUUCACCGGGCUGUACUCUCUGCUGUGGGCGGUUUACAGCUACGUUGCGGCGUCUAACUUCCUAACCAUUUAUUUGGGAUUGGUUGGACUACGAGCUGAGAUGCGGAUCGCCGUUGAUUCCUUUGGAAAGGUCAUGGAUCGGGUCGAGGUCAGACUUGAGCAGAAACCUGGAGAGCAAAACUUCUGGAGGUUUCUCCAGGACGAGUUGAACACCUGCAUCGAACACCACAGUGAGGUCCUCAAUCAAUUGAAAGUCUUCAAAAACCUGACCAACCUAUCCUUCCUCCUGCUGUACUACAUGACGAUGCUGUUCAUCGCACUGGGCGUGAUCAUCGUGUUCUUCCGAGCAACGCUGGACAUCUUCACAGUGACGGCAAUCGACUACACGCUGCGUUACCUGAUCGAGUGUUACGUGUUUUGUCACAUGGUUUCGUCCUUCAACGAGGAGCACUCCAAGAUCGGUCCAACACUGUCACACCAGCCGUGGAUCUCCCAGCUUCGCUGUCGAAAGGAGUUUGCUAGUCAAUUUCGGCAGGUUCGUGCGACGAUCUUGAUCGUGACGAUGCAGUCGCAGCGCAGCUUGAACAUUAGCUGCGGAGGACUGUUCGAGCUGACGAUGGCCAAGUUUACCGGGUUGGUCAACAGGUCGUACUCGGUGAUGAUGUUCGUGUGGAACGCUAAGCAGGGCCAUGGUGUGGCUUGGUGA